UAGUAUCGAAUUUAAUCAUAGAGAAAUAUUUAAUCCAAGUGUUGAAUUUUUAUUAUAUAAUCCAGGUGUUAAAGUUUUGUCCUUAUUAUCAUCUUAUCUUAUUUAUAAGCAAGCUUGUGUCAACUGUAUUCUAAUAAAAACCUAGAGUUAACUUCGUGAUGGAAAGUGUAAUCGAAAAAGAUAUUGUGAUUGUGGGAGGUGGAAUCGCUGGCCUCACAACCUCCUUGGGAUUACACAGAUUGGGCAUUGAAAGUUUGGUAUUAGAAAGUUCAGAUGGUUUGAGAGUGAGUGGAUUUGCACUGACAAUAUGGGAAAAUGGUUGGAAGGCUUUGGAUGCUGUCGGUGUUGGAGACAUCCUACGCCACCAACAUAUACAGCUUCACGGGCUUGUAACUACAACUUUGAUUACGGGGAAACAAACAUCAACAACUUCCUUCAAGGACGACACAAGAAAGCAUGGACCCCAUGAGGUUCGUUGUGUUAGAAGGAAGUUAUUGUUGGAAGCCUUUGCCAAUGAGCUUCCAAGUGGAACCAUUAGGUACAUGUCAAGGGUGGUUGCUAUUCAAGAAUCUGGCUUCUCAAAGAUACUACAUCUUGCUGAUGGAACAACAAUCAAAACCAAGGUAUUGAUCGGGAGUGAUGGAAUAAACUCUAUAGUGGCAAAGUGGCUAGGCUUCAAUGAGGCUUCUCCCAUAGGAAGAUAUGCAACCAGAGGUUAUGUAGAGUUGAACAACACUCACCAGUUGGAACCAUUAUUCAUGCAAUACUUUGGCAAAGGUUUUAGAGCUGGAGUUAUUCCAUGUGAUCACAAGGGUGUUUAUUGGUUUUUCACAUGGACUCCUACCAUCAAAGAUCAUCAAAAUGGGUUAGCACAAGAGCCAGCUAAACUGAAACAAUAUGUGUUAAACAAGUUAGAAAAUAUGCCAAGUUAUGUUAGAUCUUUCAUAGAAAACACAGAGUUAGAUGCUUUUCAUUUAGCUCCAUUGAGACAUAGACAUCCUUGGGAGCUUAUAAUGAAAAAUAUUAGUAAAGGAAAUGUUUGUGCUGUUGGAGAUGCUUUACACCCUAUGGCACCUGAUCUUGCUCAAGGGGGGUGUAGUACUUUAGAGGAUGGGGUGGUUUUAGCAAGGUGCUUGGGUGAGGCUUUUUCCAAGAAUUUAAAGGAAGGAGAAGAAGAAUAUAAAAUGAUUGAGGAAAGUUUGAAGAAAUAUGCAAAGGAGAGAAGAUGGAGAUGCAUUGAUCUCAUUACUAGAUCUUAUAUUGUGGGUUCCAUUCAACAAAGUGGUUCUAAAUUGGUUAAUUUCUUUAGGGAUCAAAUUUUGGCUACAUUUCUAGCUGAUGAGCUGUUGAAGAAGUCAGAGUUUGAUUGUGGAGAAUUAAAAUAGCUCUAACUAGUGACAUUGUCAUCUUUCCAUGAUAAUAAACUUGUGUUCUUUACAUUUGAUGAUGAUGGGAAUUUCUUUUCUAUAUGGUUUGAUGUUGAUUAGAGAAUAAUAAUACACUCAAAGUCUAAAGAUGAACUUA